AUGGGAAAUACUUAAUUAACGGAUUAAUAGAUUCUUUUAUACAAGAAUGAAACGCAAUUCACUCCUAAUUAAAUAAGAAGAAUACACAAGAAAUUCUAAUAGUUGGACACUAACAAUAAAGGUUUUGUGAGUGCAGCUGAUUUUAUUAAAAUCAUACAACAGCAUAAAUAUAGCCCAUUGUUAAUUUAAUAGUUGAUUGGUCGAAAAUAACAAGAAAUUGAUUUCAUUUCAUUAGUUAGAUUAUUAAAUGACAUUUAAUUUGGGGAUAAAAAUGCUCUAUUGACAAAAAUAAUGGAUCAAGAUAGAGAUGGAUUAAUUGGUACGGAAGACAUUUAGAAAACAAUAACAGUGUUAAAUCCUAGUUGUUUCAAGAAUUCUUAUGAAUUAUCUCAAUAAAUAGUUAAUGAUAAUGAAAAACUAACAUAAAAUAGAAUGAUUAAAUUAUUAAUAGAUAAUUGA